UUUACAUCUUGUUUUGUAUUUUUGUUGUGCUUCGGAGCGAAUUGUGGAAAAUUUUAUUGAAUUCUCAUGAUUUUGUUUAAUGAAAAUAAUUGUAUAAAAUAAUACGCAAACGUAGUGGUCAGAAAAGGCUGAACAAUGGAACACACUCCAAAAGCUCACGCGGAGCUCGAAGUCACUGGCGUUUCCCGGAGCGGCCGUGUAUGCAAGAAGUCGUCGAAAUUGAUGGACUUCCAAUCCCCGGACGACAUAUCGGAUGCGAAGCAGAAGAAAGCUCAAAAAUCCAAAUCCGCACAACCGGGAGUUUCCGGUAGCGGAGGAUUGGGACAUUUGGUUGACGCCAAGCUGAGUCAAGAGUCGGAAUUUCACAUGGGGGAUGAUGAUGUUCCGUCCGAUUCGGGGGAUGACGGUCACGAGUCCAACAUUGACUCGGAUGACGACGACGACGAUGACGAUGUGAUGGACAUCGAAGACAUGGAAGGAACACAGGAGGAAGACGAUAAAAGCGAAGGAGAGCUGGUCAUAGAAAUGGCCCCCAAACGCAGCCUGUACAUGUCGGAGAAAUCGUCAAAGUACAAGAAGAUGCUCAAAGAUGGAAAGGUCGUUAUGGGUAAAACCCAACGCAAGGACAAAGGCGAGCGGCGAUUCACUGCGUAUAUGCUUUGGGCGAAAGAGACCAGGAAGCAAAUGCAGUCGAAUACAGAUCUUGACCAUCAUGGCAUGUCGAAGCGUCUUGGUGAGAUGUGGGCCAACGUACCAAGUACUCAAAAGUACAACUGGAAACGCCGUGCAAAACGUAUCGCUAAUAAGUUCAAGCAAAACAAAGAAAAAGCUCUCACAGCUCCUUUCGUAAAGCGAUAUCUUCAUUUGGAAGAUUCUCCUGGUCCACCAGGUCCCAUUGCCACCGCUUCUGCUACUGGCGGAAGCGCUUCACGAUCGAAAAAGGCACAAAAGGCUGCCAAUAUGAUAUCGACAGACACGAAGCCAACGGUUGCAGCAAGUGCAUCGCAUCAUCCUCCUGAGUCGCCGACGAAAGGGCAUCACAUGAAGCUCCCAGGAUUUCAGCCAACCGACGUGGCCGCUCAUCUCAAACUUCUUGGCGAUAGUCUAACUAUAAUUGGCGAACGACUAAAAGAACACGAGGGACAAAUUGCGGUUUCUGGAAGUCUGUCUGUGCUUCUCGACAGCUUGCUGUGCUCCCUGGGUCCACUGAUGUGCUUGACCAUUCAUAUUCCGGGAUUGCAAUCCGACACGGAACAUCUGAAGGAGUUGUUCCAAAAUACUUUGGAUAAUAUCGCCUAUGUAAUGCCAGGAUUAUAAAUAUACGAAAAACGUAAUAAAA